UCUGCUCUACCUGUGCCGCUAUGCGCACUCAACACAGUCUGGAUACACCUUGACGGUGGAUCUACAUGUGCGGGCAAAAGUGUACUUGCUGGAAAUCCAGGCUAUUUCAAACGGAUUUUAUUUGCCGAUAGACCGACUAUUCAAACUGAAAACUCAGUUUCUUAAUACUUUUGAGCGAAACGAAUCAGGACCAUCAUGAGCAGACGAACACGACGUUGGAUAUUUCACAUUUUCCUUUGUCUCGGAAUAAUCUACUUGAAAAUUGGGGGAUUCUCCACCGUCCUGGCGCUGGGAGCGAGCAUCAUAUGCAACAAGAUCCCAGGACUGGCGCCCAGGCAGCGGAUCAUCUGUCAGAGUCGUCCGGACGCGAUCAUCGUGAUCGGACAGGGCGCGCAGAUGGGCAUCAACGAGUGCCAGUUCCAGUUCAAAAACGGCCGCUGGAACUGCUCCGCGCUCGGCGAGAGGACCGUCUUCGGAAAAGAGUUGAAAGUGGGCAGCAAAGAGGCUGCGUUCACGUACGCCAUCAUCGCAGCAGGAGUGGCUCACGCCAUCACAGCCGCCUGCACGCAGGGAAACCUCAGCGACUGCAGCUGUGACAAAGACAAACAGGGAUUCCACGGUCACGCCGACGGCUGGAAAUGGGGCGGCUGCUCGGCAGACAUCCACUAUGGCCUGGGCUUCUCCAAAGUCUUUAUGGAUGCUAGAGAGAUCAAACACAGCGCCAGGACACUUAUGAAUCUGCAUAACAACGAAGUAGGACGAAAGGUCCUGGAAAGGAACAUGCGGCUGGAGUGUAAAUGUCAUGGUGUGUCUGGAUCCUGCACCACCAGAACCUGCUGGAUGACCCUCCCCAAGUUUCGCGAGCUCGGCUACAUCCUCAAAGACAAAUACAGCCACGCCGUCCAUGUGGAGCCGGUUAAAGCCACGCGCCACAAACGGCCGACCUUUCUCAAGAUCAAAAAGCCCUACUCGUACCGCAAGCCCAUGGACACGGAUCUGGUGUACAUCGAGAAAUCGCCCAACUACUGCGAGGCGGAUCCCUUGACGGGCAGCGUCGGGACUCAGGGGCGGAUGUGCAAUAAGACGCUGGUGCACCAUCCCAACGGCUGUGACCUGAUGUGCUGCGGCCGAGGAUACAACACGCACCAGUAUUCACGCGUGUGGCAGUGCAACUGCAAGUUUUUUUGGUGCUGCUACGUCAAAUGCAACACUUGUAGCGAGAGGACAGAGGUGUACACAUGCAAAUGAGCGAUGCUUACGGACCUCGUUUUUGAAAGGGUCUUUUAUCCUGACCUUAAAAGAUGACUCAAUAAGGUGGCAUUUGUUCUUUUGCACAAGACCUUACUUCAGACAUGCUUCCUUCACUUUAAUGGAAGAUCAAGAUUGUCAAAGCUUUACUCUGGAGAAAGAAUCACGUGAGAAGGAACGUGGAACUAAAAAAGUGUAAAUUGCUGUACUUUUGAUGCCACACAGUUGACCCUGCUUUCUUCGCUAAAUCUAGAGCGUUACUCCAGUCUGCAGGAUCAUGAAUCUGUCUGGAUUAAAACAAGGCUCUCUUGUCUUCUACCUGUUGUAAAACCCAUAACAAUUACCUGCACCUUGAUUUUACUAAUGGAGCUACUUGGACGUCUUGCAGGCAUGCAGUGAAACUUAUAGAGAUAUUAACAAAUACUCCAAUAGAGCAAAACAGCACAGUUCCAGAAGUAGAGUACUUUUCUGCUUAAAAUCUAAGUUUGUAAUGAUUCAUCUUGGAGUUGGGUGGUUCGAUUUUUCAUUGAAGACUCUUAAUUUUAUUUUUAAGCAAAUUCCUACAGACAAAACAAAUGAGUAAGGUACUCCUGGAACCAAGGUUGCUGAAAAUAUUUGCGAUCACUGUUGUGCUCUGUUGUUAUAUUCUUCCAAACCACUGAUUUUAUUUAUUUAUUAAAAAAUGUUAACUGUAAUUCAUGAGACACUGGAAAG